AUGACCGCCUGGAUCCUCCUUCCUGUCAGCCUGUCAGCAUUCUCCAUCACUGGCCUAUGGACUGUGUAUGCCAUGGCUGUGAUGAACCACCACGUGUGCCCCGUGGAGAACUGGUCUUACAACGAAUCCUGCUCUCCUGACCCCAUGGAGCAAGGGGGCCCCAAGAUCUGCUGCACCCUGGAUGACAUCCCCCUCAUCAGCAAGUGUGGCUUGUACCCCCCUGAGAGCUGCCUCUUCAGCCUCAUUGGCAACCUGGGUGCUUUCAUGGUGGCCCUGAUCUGCUUCCUGCGCUAUGGGCAGCUCCUGGAGCAGAGCCGUCAUUCCUGGGUCAACACCACGACGCUCAUCACAGGCUGCACCAAUGCUGCAGGUCUGGUGGUGGUGGGCAACUUCCAGGUGGACCACGCUAAGUCUCUGCACUAUGUCGGAACUGGUGUGGCCUUCACUGCUGGCCUGCUUUUCGUUUGCCUGCACUGUGCCCUCUCCUACCACGGGGCCAAGGCCCCUCAGGACCUGGCCGUGGCCUACCUGCGGAUUGUGCUGGCAACCAUCGCCUUUAUCACUCUGAUCCUCACUGGGGUCUUCUUCAUCCAUGAGAGCUCUCAGCUGCAGCAUGGGGCAGCCCUGUGUGAGUGGGUGUUCGUCAUUGACAUCCUCGUCUUCUACGGGACCUUCAGCUACGAGUUUGGGGCGGUCUCCUCAGACACACUGGUGGCCGCACUGCAGCCCACCCCCAGCCGGGCCUGCAAGUCCUCUGGGAGCAGCAGCACCUCCACCCACCUCAACUGUAGCCCUGAGAGCGUCGCCAUGAUCUGA